AUGGAGACCUUAUAUGAAGCCUGGGAAAGGUUCAGGGAUCUGCUUAGGAGGUGUCCACACCACGGGCUGCCUAAAUGGUUGGUUAUGCAAACCUUCUACAAUGGGCUGAACAACCAUACCAGAAUUAAUAUUGAUACUACUGCUGGAGGUUCAUUGAUGGGGAAGUCGCUUGAUGAGGCCUAUGAUCUUUUGGACGAAAUGGCCAACAACAAUUACCAAUGGCCCAAUGAGAGAAACAUGGCGAGGAGACCUGCUGGGGUUCAUGAGAUAAAUGCUAUUAUUGCACUCAAUGCAAAGACCUGUGAGAUGUGUACUGGGCAACAUGCUACUCGAGAUUGUCUGAUUGACAGCUCAUUCAUGCCUCCAGUACAAGAACAACAACAACAGAAUUAUCAGAAUAGAGGACCACCUGAUUUUCCACAGCAAGAAAAGAAGUCUAACCUGGAAGAAUUGGUUGCAACUCUCACCAAGGUCACUACUGAUUUCAUGGGUGAAACUAAGGCAAACUUUCAAAACCAGCAAGCUGCCAUCAAAAAUUUGGAAAUACAAAUGGGACAGUUGGCCAACAUGGGGAACAACAUUAAAGAACAAGUAAAGGAACAAACUCAAGAAGAGACUGUGGUCAAAGAGAAGCUAAAAGAGAAAAAGGAAGAGCCAAUAAAGCCCUACAAUCCACCAGUUCCUUUUUCUCAAAGGCUCAAGCAAAGUAAGGAUGACAAGAAUUUUCUGAAGUUUUUGGAGGUCUUCAAGAAACUACACAUAAAUAUUCCAUUUGCGGAGACAUUAGCUCAGAUGCCUAGCUAUGCCAAAUUCUUGAAAGACAUCCUUUCCAAAAAGAGAAGGCUAGAGGACCAUGAGACAGUCAUGCUCAUCGAAGAGUGCAGUGCAAUCAUUCAGAACAAGUUGCCAUCAAAAUUAAAGGAUCCAAGGAGUUUUACAAUUUCAUGCAAUAUUGGCAAUAUCGAAUUUACUAAAGCAUUGUGCGAUUUAGGUGCUAGCAUUAACUUAAUGCCUUUAUCUGUUUUCAGGAAGCUUAGACUAGGGGAUGUGAAACCGACCAGUAUUUCAUUACAACUAGCUGAUCGAUCGGUGACAUAUCCUAAAGGCAUAGUGGAGGAUGUAUCAGUCAAGGUGGACAAAUUUAUCUUCUUAGUGGAUUUCAUUAUCUUAGAUAUGGAGGAAGAUAGAGAGGUUCCUUUGAUAUUGGGGUAUCCAUUCCUUGCAACUGGCAAGGCACUUAUAGAUGUCCAUGAGGGUAAGCUUACUUUAAGAGUGGGACAAGAAGAGAUGGGAGUCUCGAAGAAUCUCAAUGAUCGUAUCAUGGACGGUGUUUCGAAAGCUCUGAGGUCAUUGGCUUUAAGGCCUCUGCACGACCUCCACAUGUUUCCUCAUGAUAAGUAUGCAAAAGAGUUUGGAAUCAUGAUUAGAAAUCAGCUUGCUGUAGUUGAUGCCCGGAUCUUGCCACCUCCAAAGCUAAAGUAUCAUGACUUUGGGAGGAAGAAGAUGUGCAAUCCUAUUAUGGGUCAGUGGAACAUGAUCAACAAGGUGAUCUAA